CGUAUGUUGAAUUACACUUUGUGUAAGCAUUUUGUCAUUAGUGAACCCAUUCACUGCAAUAAUUGAGAAUGGAGGUUACCAUGUAUAUCGAGCUGGAAAAACAAACAUCUACAUCAACAAGUUGUUGUUAUGAAAAAAAUCAACAAUAUUGGUAUCGAUCCAUACUUGUUUUAAAAUUUAUUUUUGUAUUUUAUCUAAGAGAAAGGCUCAGUUAUCGGCACUGUAGAUUAGUGGUUAUAGCUCUCGUACUCUGUGCGGGAGACCGGGGUUCGAUUCCUCUUGACGGCGAUUCAACAUGGGCGAGUGAAUGUUACCAUAGCCCCGGGUUAACCCAAGCCAUGUGAGGGAAAUUGGGAAGAUGGCACACUGUGUGGGCCGUUGGAUGUUGCCGGGAGUUGUCUAGUAGAGCGCGGGCUCUAAUUGGGUCUGCGUAGCUCAAAAUGAGCAUUAAAUACUCUAGGACUCUCCAUCUACGCCAUGGCCCCUCCUGGAAAUAAUAGACAGGGUAUAUCCCUCGAUAUUUGUGAGGCUAGCCAUGUAAAAUAUGCACAUCUAUCUAUCUAUCUAUCACUGUUGCAAACACGACUGCUAAUAUAUCAUAUAUUGCAAAGAGAAUUAGAAAUUCCUAUUCUAACGCUUUUCCUACAAGAAAAAUUAGGCAUAGAGAUAGACAAAGAACAAAGAAAUAUCAGAAACUAGUAUAGAUCAUCUUUUAAUGAAAAUAUAUAUGGAUGUUUUUCUAAAAAGAUAAUAAAAAGAAAUCUAUCAAAGUUUCUAAUGAAGGCGUAAAACGCGGCCCGAAACGGCAUUUUAGUGGUGGCGCAAUAUGAGCCCGAUUUUAAAAUGGCCGCGUUAUUUGAGGGAUCGCGGUAAAAGGGUUGAUAGUUAUUGUGCAAAUGAAAGUGAAACAUAAACUGACAGCUUUAGUAUACUGGCGCGAAAAGUACCUUUUUGUUCUAGGAAAAAGAGCAAGAUAAUUUUUUUGAAUAAAACAUGGCAUAUUAGCCUAAUCUAUGUUCAAGGUUCCUAGACUUAUUUUCCAAAAGAACCUAUAUAGACCCUGCUAAACUAUAAAAAUAUUGUAACCUAUUAUUAGUCAAGGGCGCUAUCGGCCAUAAAACUGGACGAGUACUCGUAGUUUUUGCGGACAAAUUAAAACAUGUAAAAAUCAAUUUCCUGCUACACAAAGAAACAGAUUUUCGUUACUGGCCCUUUCAUUUUUUCUUGUGUUGUGAAAUGAUAACCACGGAAGAACGUUUUAGUUUUAACUACCUUAGUAAAUUAUGGAUCAGGGGGUAUAUGAAAAGUAUUUACAAGUUUUAGAAUUUCAAAAAGCUCGAAAAAUACUGCAAUUUUAAUGCGGAAUUACAUAAACAAAAGUAAGUAAAAAAUACAAGCUACUUUAGCUAUAUUUUUAAUGAAAAAUCAGGUAAAAUAUUAAAGCUUUUAAAUUUACAUCCAACCUCCUACUUAUUUUAUAAAAUGAAAACGUUCGAUUUUAAAAAUGGAAUGUCCUGGUUUCUCGAAACAAGAAGAAAUAGAAACUGUUAAAAGGGUGUGUUACACGAAGAAGAAGAAGUAGAAGAACCUUUAUUCACAAUAAAAUUUAUGAUAGAAAAAUUAUUUUAAAAGCAUUCACAGAAACGUCAAGAAGUGGCAAGCAAUCAUGGAUAUUGCUGUUUUUAUUGUUUUUUGGAUGGAUGAAUCUUAUAUAUGGUUAUACAAGCUACAAGAAGCCUAGCAAAGAUGAAUAUUUAUCAGUUUGUAAAGCUCCACUUGGAAUGGAGAGUGGUGAGAUCGCAAGUGAAUUUAUUUCCUGUACACCUUCAUCGACAGUUUACGGGGAAUGCACUGGUACUUGUGGUAAUAUUCGAUAUAAGUCAGAAAAUAAGGCAAGUUUUUGGUGUUUAAGCAAAGCUGAUAUAGUGGAUGGAUUUUUUAAAGUCAGCUUUUUGUCUAUUACUGUGGUGACGGGUUUUGCUGUUGAGACAAUGUGUGUUGGUUGUGGCAUCAAAAAGAUUUUGUUACAAUAUGGUUUUGGUGAUGACAGUUUAUUUGAUUAUGCAGUUGGAACUGAUCACCUGACUGUUGUAGAUACACCCAAAGAUAGAAAUUUGGUUUGGUUAAACAAUUCAAUUGUUGCAAAAGAAGUGAUUAUCAAUGUUAUGGAAUUUGAUUCCAAUGUAAAACCAUUGUUUCGAGCACGAUUUGAGUUUUAUGGAUGCAGUUAUGAGCAUGCUGCAAUACCAGUUGGCAUGCAAAGUGGAAAGAUCAGUGAUAAACAAAUAGUCCUUCAUGAAUAUGAACCAAUUCAAGUUAAUUAUCACAAUCCACAAGCUGCCAGAUUGAAUACUGUAAUGUUUGAUGGUUGGACGGCAAAUUUCUAUGCAAGUUAUGGAAAUACUAUUAAUUUUAGACAGGUUUGGUUGAGUGUUGAUUUUGGAAAGAGAUUAAAGGUGCUCAGUGUAAAUGUUCAACAACAUCAACCUGCAAACAGUAUGCAGAAUUUGCCAUACUUCCUUUACUAUGGAGAUUCCUUCAUGGUCACAAGACCUUACACUGGAAUUGAAGGCCAGGAUUAUGCUACUACUACAAUUCCACUUGCUAAGCUCAUCACACCUGUAUCAACAAACAACCAAAACAAGGAUGGAAAAUAUAACUUUCUGUACCCUUUAAUAGCGCAAUAUGUUGCUUUUUAUCCAACAAUUAGUGUACUAUAUCCCUAUAUCAAACUGGAGUUUUAUGGAACCCCUUAUGAAACGCCAACUUAUCAAUGGAAGUUUAUAUCCCAUUCUUUGGAGGACGAAGUGUCAUUUCAAAAAUUUACAGUUCCAAAUGAAGUUACAAUUAAUGAGGAAGGAUUAUUUGUUAAUUCGGUGCUGUCUUCUCAAAUUAAGUCAUUGCCGCUAGACUUAAAUGAUUGCCUUUUAAAUCCUGAAAAUUGUAACUCAGGUUUGACAGUAUCAUUUCAAGCCAAAAUUAAUGAGAUACCGAAAGGACAUUUAAUUACACAUACCAUUUCCGCAACUGAUUGCCCUCCCCAAAAUUUUCAAUCACCAUUUGCUUUAUUUAUACCAGUCGUAAAGCAACCACGAGGCACAACAGUGUUAUCAUCGACACAUAUUAAGUUAUUGAAUGUGGUUGGUGUGGCGUCUACAUUUAAAGUGGUUGCAGAGGCACAUGUAAAUAAAGAAGAGUUAUUUGUAACUUCCUGCAUGUAUAAAACAUCAGCAGAUAUUCCAAUUUUUAUUGACACAGUCGAUGUUAAUUGUAACACAGAGGAGUGCUUGAUUAAUGGUCUGCAACUGCUUUUGUCACAAACCUUCAGUCAACCAGCAUGGAGUUAUGGACUUUCACUUUCUCUUAUAUUUAAACCUAGUUUAACACCAGUAGACUAUGUUAUUCCACCCAAUAGCCAAUGGCAGUUUGAUCUAUAUGUGAACUACGCAUGGUCAAGUUAUAGCUAUGGCUUCAUUGACAGUCUAAAUGCAACUCUUUUUUCUCAAAAAGGCACUGCAUGUGUAGAUACUAAAUUUUCAGCAUCAAGCGUUGCGUUCAGCAAUAAAGAUGCCUGGAGGGAUUGUGAUGGCAAUAAUAACUAUUUGCAAAUAGAUUUAGCAUCAGUAAAGAUUAUUUCAAUGCUCAAAGUUGCAGGCUCUCCUUCUGGGUUUGUGGAGACAUUUUCAAUGGAAUAUACCGAGAAGGGAACCAAUUGGAAUACUGUUUUAAAAAAUGAUGGAUCAGAUAAUCCUUUUGUUUUCACUAAAACUAACGUAAAAAGUGAGAACUUACUUUUGCCAACCUUGAUUGUUGCACAAAAGCUCCGUGUUUACCCCAAAUCGCAUCGUGGAUCCUAUCCUGAUAUGAAAUUUGAUGUCAUUGUAAAAGGCUUAGAACCAACAUAUCACAUCGAAGGAAAUAAAAGGUUGGAUUUUUUCAUUCUCACAGAUGAAAAUGUUUGGUUUGAGAUUCUUCUCAAUCAUCAUGCUUAUAAGUUUAAUUACCUUGGUGGUAACAAAGUACAAUAUACUAAUUUGCAAUAUGGCAUUCAAUAUGAUAAAAAUUUUAAAGCAGUCGAUGGUGAUGUAGCAUGUUUAGACCGGUACAGACAUGUUGUAUCAGUACCUUUAGGAAUUUGGGUUCCAUAUAGUGGUGUGGAUUGUGUUGAUUUCGUUUUUACUGAUACCUACAUGUACUGUGUGGAAUAUAAUACCUAUCAUAUCAAGCGGGUUAAUAGAGUUUUUCGUAAUAUGUCAACCAUUGAGGACACUGGAACAAAAUUUAAACAGAUUGAUAUAACAGCUAAUGGAGAUAUAUUAUAUGGGAUUAAACAAAUAUCAAGUGAUAUAUGGAAAUUGCAGCUUAAUCCUGUUGGCAGUUGGGAGAAGGUAUCCGACAAGAUAUGUCAAAAAUUAAAAGUUAGCAAAGAUAAUACUGUGUGGUGUUUGAGUGAUGAAGCUCUGUAUGAAUGGUUACCAUAUAUGAAAGGAUGGAGUCUUGUAAUCUCUAAUUGUGCUUAUUUUGAUGUUUCAAGUUCAUAUGUACUUUGCACCAAGAAUAAGAUUACAAUGAUACAAGACAGAAUGCCAAAUAAACCUAUUUGGGUGGCAGGUAAUGUUGAUGGACUUGAGCAAAUAUUCUUGUCUGAAAUCAAAACAGCUAUUUUUGGUUUCGAUAAAAAUUGUGUCAAAUAUAAUGACAUCAAUAGUAACUGGCGUUCAGCUUAUUGUGGUAAAAGUUGCAAGAAUGUGUGGGAAAUGUCUGCUGGUCAGUUCCGUGGUUGUGUCAAAGACAAUGGUUUUACAGACUCUGAGAACUCUAAUUUAGUAUUUGUCCGUAAAAGUGUCGAUGUUGUUAAUUUUGAUGUUGAUGGUGAUUCUAUAAUUUUUAUAAGUCCAACAGACAGAUAUGUUAAGAGUAGUCGCAGGUUUUGUUGCCCAAAUACUGCCAUCAUAAGAGACACAAGUGGCGAUGCCAAAGAAGUGCAAUAUAGUGCUACCACGGAUACAGUAUACAUUCUAAAAACAAAUGGUGAUAUUGUAAGCGACAAAGAUUCAAAUUUUCGCCUUAAGGGCAGUUGUGACAGCUUCAAGUUAACACCUACAGCUAAUUUUUUGUGCUUGAGAAAUGGAAAUAUUUUUAUUUCCAAAACAAUCAAUGGAAGAGAAUCCUGGUUUCCUGCUUUAUUAGGAAAACAUUGUGAUUCAAUGGAUGGAAAUGAUGAAUUCGUUUUGUGUUGGGUUAUUGGAGGUGGUCUUUAUAAAGCUAUGUUGUCAGGCAAUUCCGACAUGAUGCCUGAAUUUCCUAUCCUAUCAAGUGGUCUUCAGCGGUAUAAACAGACAAGUCAAGGGAAAGGUUUUCAAAUUGCUUUAUCGCCUUUGUAUUCAGCAUUGACUGUCUCUUUACAAACUGAAGACCAGUUUGUUGAAGGUUUGUUUCCAGUCAAUGUAUCCAAUGGUCUAGACAGUUGGAAUACUUACAUGUUUUCGUGGUCGACAGAAUCCAAAAGAUUAUCUCUUUUUGUUAACAAUACGAUAGUAGGACAACAGCUUGUCACUGGUAAUACUUUGCUAGCUGCUAUAAAGAAGAGUAAUUUUCUGAAUAUUGGUGGUUUUUAUGGUCAUUUGUUAUCAUACUCACAAAACUUUAUGUUGCGCGAAUUAAAAAUUUGGAAGCACAAUUUAACUUCUGAUGUUAUCGAUUCGUUUAAUGUCGAAAAAGAUACUAUUCCUUUCUCUGACCCAAUUACAGAUAGAGCAGCCGGGUAUCAAGUUAAAAGAUCCUGUAGUCGCUCAUCUCCUAGCACUGGACCUUGUUUUGAUUUGGAUUUAUCACAGAGCAAUGUUGAACGAAAAACCUACUUUUAUGGGCCAACGAAAGAAAUUAAAGCUACCGCGUCACUUAAUUGCAGAUUAAAGGGUGGUGAUUUAGUCAGUAUCCACAGUGAAGAAGAGAUGUUAAUGAUAUACAACCUAUCAUCAAUGCCAAAUUCGCAACAUGUUUACAUUGGUUUUGAAAAUAAUUGGGAUGAUGGAUCACAAAUGAACUAUAAAAUCUUCAGGACUGGAACUGUGCAUCAUACUCAUAUUUGUGCGUUCUUUAUAUCUAAUCAAGGUGAAGUUGUUCAAUUAGAAUGGAUAAAAUCUUCAUGCGACACUGCAAGACUGUACGUUUGUCAAAGUCAAGGGUAUAUGGUAUCAAAGUCCUUUACUCCAGUUGAGUUCCAUUUUUGGAAUGAUACUAGCUGUGGCAUUACGCCAUAUGUGUCUGGAGAAAAAACUAUCCUGGCUGCAUAUCAGAAACUUUCACGAAAUUACACAGUUAUUCUGUUCGAUCUGAAGUUACUGCCAAGAGAUUUGGCAAUCCUAAAGGCGCAGUUAGUAUAUGCUGCUUCUGGUGAACAGGGAGCACUUGUGGCAGUUACCAUCGGUGUUCUUAAUACUAACUAUACUAGUUGCUUUAAUGAUAAAACAUUUUACGAAAGCUUGGAUUAUGCAUCACUUGUUCCUUGGAGAAUAUAUAAACACAGUGAUGGAGAUAGUGUCAUAUCGCCAGAUAUUUCAAAUAUUAUCCAAUUUUUUUUAAACAAGAACAAAAAUUCAGCUGGAAUAAUCCCCUUGGUUUUAUCUUGGACAGUGGAUGGUGCUACAUCUAACAUAAGAAAUUUCAAUUCAAUGUCGUUAGAUAUUUUCUACAAUCAUCGAGACACUGGUGAUAACUUUCUUUUGUUUCCAUCAUCAUAUUUGAAUCCAAAGUUUCCUCCUGGUAAAUAUUCAACAAUAACGUUCUCAGAAAAGCAUCAAAGUUUCUCAUUUUGGUAUCACAUGAAAGGCUUUCAUGUUGGGACAUUAUAUGUUUGGCUUAUUGACAGUAGAAAUAUUACUCGCCCUUAUCCAGCGUUCGUUGUGCAAGGUAACCAAGGAUUGAACUGGAAGCGUGCAAUGAUCCAUAUUGAAAAUGGUAUUGUCCCAUGGAAAAUUACAUUUUUGGCAUACAAAAGAAAUGAAAAUGUAGGUGAUAUUGCAAUUGAUUCUAUUGAAGCAUCGCCUUUGUAUUAUAAUGACACGUCACAACAUGAAUACAGAAUGGAAGGCAGUCACAAUUACCUGGAGCGAUUGAAAACUGUUGGUUUGCCUCAGCCAUUGAUUUUGUUUACAUUCAGUAAUGUUUUGAAUUCAGCUUCGUCUUUUGCAACGUUUAACAAAACGUUAGUAGGACCAUCAUUUAAAACGAUAUGGACUGAAGACAAAUUUUCCUUUCCUGAUCAUGCUGUCCAAGUUUUUCGAAAUGCUGGAAAUCAAAUUUUGUCUGUGGCUGAUAUUCAAGAUGUGGUUGAAGUUGUUACAACAGAAUUCACGAUUUUAUUUCAUGUGAAAAUAACCUAUUGGACACAUCCUGUCGUGGUGAUCCAAUUUGGAGAAAGCGGAGAUGAAGUUUUACGUGUAGUUAUUGAUAAUGACAAAUUAAGAAUAAGACAUGGCAGUACGGAUGUGUAUGAGUCGUCCUGGAGAUUCACUGAGAACACAUGGGCUUACAUUGGAAUAACAUACAGCAAUAAGUUAAAUGUGUAUUUUAACAACGCAAUUGACAGAAUAAGUGGAGACUACAAUACAACAUUUCCUUCUUCUUUGCAUUUUUUUGGUGACCCUUCCAAAAUUGAAUCUGAUGAGUCAUUCGAAGGGCUUUUUUCCUGUUUUCAACUCUACAAUAAAAGCAUUACUCCAUCACAAAUCGAAGCCUUAGAGUUUUGCCCCAACAGAAUAGACUCUGUGAUAUGUCCGAAGAAGUGUCAUAACGGUGGAAACUGCAUCCCCUUAAAAGCGGAAUGCCAUUGUCCUGAGAAGUUAGGAAGAUACUAUUUAAGCAACUGUGAUUAUAGUUUAUCAAAUUAUUAUGCAACAUCUAUAUAUCACAGAAACUUUGACUUGGAAGACUAUGCCAAUGAAACACAUGAAAUCACAAAUUCUCCUCUCAAUCAAGCACAAUGCUCUAAGAAUGUCUUCACAAUUAUUACUUCAAAUCCAGGGAGCUGUUUUGCAGAUUUAUCAGGAUGUCCUAAAGGUUUCUUUUUGUCAUUUUGGUUCUACGUUGAAGAAUAUAGAAAUAUUGGUUACACUGACAUUUUUAAAUUUGGCAAUUUGAUCAUUGCUGCAAAUUUCACAUUUCAAGCUGAAAACCCUAGUUUAAUUGUGGGAACUAUAACAUGGCAGUCAGACAAAAAGGCUUGUACAGGCCAAUUACACAUACCUAUCGAAGCAUGGGUAUACUUCAACGUGUGGGUAACUUUAACGAAAAUGAAAUGGUAUGUUAAUAGUGAAGAAAUGUAUGGUGAUGCAACUUGUAAAGAUUCGUCAGAUGUUGUCGUCAAUGGUGAUGUCUCAUUCGCUUAUGGCAAUGCACUAAAAAUUUGUAUUGAUGAGGUUGUGGCUUUUAAUUAUACGCUUAGCAUUUGGAAACACAGAGCUUUGUUAUACCAGACUAUUGCAAAGGUUGUUAAAGAUCCAUAUUUUCAAAUGAAAAUUUCGACAACUAAUGGUGGAGCCACACAAGCAGGACUAAAAAGCAUGCUUGAAGAACAUAUUCGGUCACUGUCAUCACUGAAGGGUGCAGAUUUUAAUGCUGAUAAUGGUAUUUUCGCGUCAAAUUCUACGUAUGCGGAAUUGGAUUUGCGUUUUUUGAUACAGAGUAGAUUGAGUGACGGUGUUGAGACUGAAUUGUCAAGCACUUACAUAAAAACAGAUGGUGGAUUUAAUUAUACCAUAACCCGUGGUGAAGAAACAGACUUGCUUUUUAAACUUCAACCUAUAAAAAGCUCAGAAAACUAUUUUGCAUCAUUCAAGUUCUUAGUAAUUGCAAAGUCUAUUUACUGGACAGACGAACUGUUGGAUAGGGACAGCGAAGAAUUUUUUGGCGUUAACAAGACAUUGAUUAAUAUGAUGAAAUCCUACAUAGAUGUGACCUAUCCAAAACUUAAACUGUACGAAUCUUACGAAUUUGGAUCGUUGCAGUUAAUGAAAUCAAAGAUUGGUACAGUAAAAGGAUUUAUGAAUGUUAUUUUGAAAGUAUUCUUCAGAUAUGAUUAUGGUGCAGUGGCUGGCACUGAUGCAUAUCUUUAUAAUGGUUUGGAUUACGAAAUCCAAAUGACUAACAGCACACGUAUUCCUGCUUUUCCUGUGACAUAUAAUGUCAGCGUAUUCAACGAGAGCGCCAUUCAUAUCAAUAUCACCAACCCAGAAAUAAUAAACAAAAGUUUCCAUAAAGGUUACGUGGUCAAGGCAUCUAUUUUUUUUCCUGCUAAUGGCGCACAUUUUGGGGAUGAAACAAAAGUAUUCUAUACUGGAACAAAUCUCAUCCUAUAUGCUGUUACAACUUUUCGAAGAUACACUUUUACAGUAUAUAGUUUUUCCCAUGAGGGAUGGAGUCCAGCUGGAGUUGAAACUGAAAUUAUAACUCCUUCAACCAGAAAUUUGGUACCUCCAAUCAUUGAAAGUGUGGGAGAUGUUGAUUCAACAUCAAUUUCUCUGUCUUGGAAGAAGUAUGAUUUACAUCAUUAUAACUCACUAAAUAUGCUUGCAUAUACCAUACUAUACAAAAAGACCUCUGAUCCUGAUGUUGCGAAUAUUUCGACAUACAACAUGAUAAAUGUGAGCUCUGUACAACAGUCGUAUACGCUGACAGAAUUGGACGUUUUCACUGAGUAUCAAAUUUACUUGGGUACUUGGAAUGAUAUUGGGCUAGGAGCACUCGAUGGUCGAAUACAGCGAAGUGGUCCUGGAGUGCCAGAAAUAGCACCUAAUAUCACUUCGAUAGAAUUAGUUGAGAACACAAUGGUGAGAUUGAACUGGAGUGCUUUGCCUGAAGACAUUGAUCUAUACAAUGCUUAUGAGUUGUCUGGCUACGAAAUUGAGAUUGUGCCAUUAGUUCCGUUAUUAGUUUCCAGUGAAUGUCAAUAUUUUAUUUUUACUUUAAACGAUAUAAGCAUCACAAGUUUAGAACAUACAACACACUGCGAGCCAAUGAAAAUUUUCAAUGUAACAAUUGCAGCGGUGAAUCUCAAAGGACGUGGUGUGAAAAAUGAAUAUUGUUACACAUUAGGGAGAACAACUCCGGGGAAGAUUACUGUUUUGAACGUGACGUUUGGUGAUGCCAUGGAAAACGAUACUACGUCAGAGAAUAUUACUAUUGGGUUGAUACCUUUAGCAGAAGAAAAUACAGUAGUCACAUACUACCAAAUACACUUCAGAAUAAUGAAUUGGGAAGAUGAUUGGAAAGUGUUCAAUGUUAGUAUCAACCACACGAUGGAGGAUGUAGAGCUCUGGGACAGUCAAAAGGAAGGAUUCUUUCAGUGCCCACGAUUGCAGUUAAAUGGUUCAACUUCUCUUGUUAAAGCCUCAUCAAAGAUCGUCCAACACCAUCUCUUUCCAUUGAUAUAUUAUACCAACUACUCAAUGAUUGGCAAAGCUUGCAGUGAAGAAGGUUGCAGUGAAUUUAAUAUGAGCAUUUUAUUCCGAACGAUUGGACAUAUUCCAUUUUGUCCAUCAGAAAAUAUAACCCUGUUUAAUACGAGCUCCACUUCUAUGAAUGUUUCAUUUGCAGAAAUAACCCAUUUUUGUCUUGCUGGUGAACUUUUGUUUUAUGGUGUCAUUGUCAUUGAAAGUGAGGUGUAUGAAAAAAUGAUGUUAAAUUCUUCCUCCAUAGAGGAAGUCAAAAAACUGUCUCACUUUAAUAAAACUUUGGGAACAGAAAUUGAAUUUUUUGGUUUGCGUGAAUAUUGGAAUUAUACUGUUCUUGUUUAUGCAGAAAAUAACUAUGGAGUAGGAAACGUUUCUGUGCCAGUUCAUGCUAUGACUGAUGAAGAUGUUCCACAUGGUCCACCUUUAAAUUGCGGUAUUGUCCAUUACAAUUCUACAACUUUUUCACUCUGCAUUGGAAAACCCAAUCGUUAUCUAAUCAAUGGAAAUAUCAAAUACAACAUCAGCGUCAAAAAUGGUUAUGGUGAUCAUGUUGAAAGAAUUAUUAACGUGACUGGCGAUGAAACGUGGACCAUGUUUGCUAAUAUGACCAAAUUUAUGUAUCACAACAUAACAGUGACGGCGUUCACAAGAAUAGGUCCUGGACCAUCUGUAAUGUUAUAUAAUCGAACAUUGGAGGAUAUUCCAACUCUUCCGCCUGCAAAUUUCUCAAUGAUCGAUAUAACAAAUGAUUCACUGAAGUUAAAAUGGAGCGAUGUACCACCACGCAGCCUUCAUGGUGUUUUGGUUGAUUUCAAUAUAUCUGGACAAGGCUUCCUGGAAAAUGGAACAGUACAGACGUUAAAUUUUUAUGUGAAGGAUUAUGAAUAUACUUUUUUACAUCUGUUUCCAGCUACGCUAUAUAAGUUUCGGAUACGUGCUUGCACAAGAAAAGGCUGUGGUGAAGUUGGCAAUGUCGAAGGAAGGACUUUAGAAAUGGUACCAUCUGGAGUUGUUAAUGACAUUAGUGCUACUAACUUCACAAGCAAUAGCUUUAAUAUUUCUUGGUCCAAUGUUUAUGCAAUGGAGAGACGCGGUGUAAUCAUUUAUAAAAACAUCAGCUUGACAAAUAUUCUUCAUCCAGAAUGGCAAAAAAUGGAAGAUGAGGUCACUCUGUUCUAUUUAAGCAACACUACCCACGUGUUGGCUAAUAAUUUGGACAAUCACACUUCUUAUAAGGUUAACAUUGCCGCUUACACUGAAAUUGGAGCAGGUCCUACUACUGAAGAGAUUGUAUACACGACGAAUGAAACCGUUCCAAGUGCUGCACCUCAAAAUGUAACAGGAGUUGAUACAAGUAGCAACAGCUUAAAUGUGAGCUGGCUGCCUAUUCAUCCGAGUGAUCACGAAGGAGUUCUUCUUGGAUAUUACAUUAAAUUCGACGUUGAGGAGAGUUUUACUGAUACCCGUGGUAAUAAAUUGCAUGGUCACCUUUUAUGUGUUGGAAAGGAAAAAACAAGUUGUAUCAUAGCAGGACUGUCAUUGCAUACACCCUAUGUAAUUCAAGUUGCAGGAUACACAAGCAUUGGAUUGGGUCCACUAAGUGCGAAAAUUAAUGCUACAACUGGAGAAUUUACUGACGGUAACUGGACAAUAUGGACAAAUUGGGGCGCUUGCAGCAAAAGUUGUGGUUUGGGAUAUGAAACCAGAUACAGAUGGUGUACCAAUCCUGAACCGGACUCUGGUGGGGAUUAUUGUCCGGGAGUAAAUCAGACAUUCAAAACAUGCAAUAAUUUUACAUGUCCUGGAUUUUAUCUCAGUCGAGAAGGAGAAAGCUGUGCUGAUUCCUGUCAAUCCCUUGGAAAAGAUUUCGACUGUGCAUUUUUCAUGGAUUUAGGCAAUUCAAGCGCACGCUUUUUAGAUGCUAUUGAUGUAAGAGAUUACACUCGAUCUGUGGAUGUCGCUUGCAACGUAACUAAAAGUAGAAGUGUGUAUAAAAGAGCCAUUGAUCCUGUCUAUGAUGUUAAAAAUAAACGCUGCAAUGGCUUCGUAGGUGUACCGAAAAGUAUUUCCUGUAGUGCUAAACCGGAUAGUUCACAGAGGCGAUUGUGUAGAUGCAUUGAUGAAGAAUCAGCUCAGUACAGCGAAUGGGCGAAUUGGGGACUUUGCACGAAAAGUUGCGGUUCUGGAAAAUAUCAAAGAUAUAGGGAAUGCCUUUCAAACACUGGUUGUACAGGCUCUAAUGUUGAUUUUCAAGAUUGCAACAUUAAUCCUUGCCCAAUUGAUGGUGAAUGGGGUGAUUGGACGCUUUUCUCAAAUUGCAGUAAACCAUGUGGUUUUGGAAAACGUGUCAGGACAAGAUCAUGUGAUUCACCGAAAGCAGAGUAUGGCGGUAAAGAAUGUGAUGCAGAUGGAGGUAUCGAAGAAUUGGAAGGGUGCAAUCCGUAUCCUUGUCCACAGCAUGGACAGUGGGGUCCAUGGCAAUCUGUUUCGGAGUGUAAACAUUCUUGCAGUUUGAAUGGGAAGAAAGUACAAAUGAGAUACUGUACACAUCCUGUGCCAUUGUUUGGUGGACGAAAUUGUGUUGGUGAUAAUAAUAGAACGUUUCCGUGUGAAAAAAAUUUGCCAUGCACUCGUGCUAAGUAUUUUUUUGAUGUUCGAUUCAUUGAUGAGGUUUGGCAAUUUCCAAUGUAUGUUUUAAGCAAUGAGAUGUCAGUAAAUCUUAGUCGACGAAUUGAAAAAGAGAUUCGUUAUUUCUAUGCCAAUAUGACAAUGUAUGAUCUGGAAAAAGAAAUCAGGAUUAACUUUCAUAGCAUGAGCAAAGGCAGCGUGAUUGUUCAGUUUAGUAUUGAAUAUCAAGCAGUGCCACAUGUCGAAGCUCUCGUUUUACAGCACACAAUUGAGAACGGUUUCCUUAACGCUAUGCCUGUUGGUCUAAAGCAAGUGUCCGUGUCUACACUUCCUAAUAGUCCGCCUCCUCAAGUAACUGCACAAUCCGACACACCCUUCACUAUCAAUGUGUCGUGGGAUGCAGUCAAUGCAUCAAUGAUCAAUGGAAAUUUUUAUAUGUAUCAAGUUUUCUAUAAGAAAGUGCAAGAUAAUACGUGGGAUAAUUUUGGGACGGCGAAUGAAAGUUACCAGCUUGUUGAUUUGGACCCGGGUACAGAGUACGUGAUUCGCGUGUUAGCUGCAACGCAUUCUGGCAAUGGUGUAGCGUCUUCGCAGAUUAUUAUACGUACCAUCGAAGGAAAGCCGUAUAUCAAGCCUCCAUCCUGUAGCUAUCUGAUUCUCGAUGCAAAAACCGUAUACUUUUCUUGGAGCGAAAUACCGUCGGUUCAAGUUCCAGGAAUACUACGUGGAUACGAGAUCAAAUAUCGCAAGUAUUUCGAUAAGAAUAACACCCAUUAUUCAAUUGCAGAUGAAACAAUGUCUCAAAAAACUGUUGCAACGUUCAGACCUUAUACAUGGUACUGGGUGGAGGUAGCUGGUUUUACCAGUGCGGGAACUGGACCUUUUGAGCUCUUUGUUUUCCAGACACCUCCUGGUGCUCCUGAGAUAGCCCCGCCAAAUGCGACUGCUCACGAACGUGAAUCAACAACGGAGAUGCUUGUCACUUGGGAUUUUAUGUCAAAAGAAAACGAGAAUGGAUAUCUAGCUGGCUAUAGGUUGUACUACAGGCGUGUACAAGUUUCCGGCGUGGAUUUGCCCUCUGGGGAACCCUUUGUGGAUGUAAUACUUGACCGAUUCACAAAACGCUACCUUAUGACUGGUUUGGAAAGUUAUACUCAAUAUGAAAUUACUUUGUAUGCGUUCUCUGUGUAUGGGGAUGGACCGAAAGUUGUGUUAUUAGGAGAUACAUGCAAGUGUCCGAAAUAUAUUUUCAACAAUUGGUUCGAGUCGAAGCCUUACAUCGAACAAAUUGGAAGCACUUCAGAUCUCGUUAAAGGAUUAUAUCCCGAUAUAUUGACCAUGGUGGUGGAUGCUAUUUGCACUGGUUGCCGCUCUCACCAUUCCACCAUGUACUACAACAAAACUAGAGAUGGACGGUCCUCAAAGAAAUCUAAUGUGGCCAAUGUUAAGAAAUACCUGGACGACAAUGUGCAUUUUUCGUUUCCAAUCUUUGGCAGGUUUACGCUGACACGUUUUGCAGGUGAACAUCCGUUUGUCGGGAUAAUUAGUUCGCAGGGAAGUGCGUUGAUUGUUUACCAACCAGAGUAUAAAACUGUGGGAUUUGUGAAUAUUUUCAAAGCAGUGUUUACCGCAUGGCCUGUAGUUCUCAUUGCCGUGUUGUUAGCAAUGAUGUCUGGAUGGAUACUAUGGUUCUUGGAACAAAGCGCUGAUUCACCUGACCUUACUCAAGAUAGAAGUAUCUACGGAGCUUAUGAAGCAUUUUGGAUGUCAUUCAUUACCAUGACAACGUUGGGAUACGGGGAUUACGUCCCAGCUGCAAAUGUUUCCAAAGCUUUUAUGAUUGUUUGGAUUCUGGUUGGCUUAGCUAUUGUGAGUAUUUUUGGUGGCACUGUUUCGACUGGGAUGAGUGUGAGCUCGUUAGAUAAAGAAUAUAAACUGUAUGGUACAAAGGUUGCCGCCAUCAAUAAUUCGUUUGAGCAAAGAAUGUCCAUUUUACGAAAUGCAAUUGUUGAUUCGCAAUCAAAUUAUACAACAAUCACUCAAGUUAUGGACGCUGUCUCCAAUGGCAAUGUCGAGUUGGGUAUAGUUGAUGCGUUCGCGACUAAAGGGUAUAAUGCUGCACUGAAAGAAAGGAAUUUGAAGAUUUACAAAAUUCUUGAUCUUCAAAGUGGAUAUGGAGUGGUGUUGUCUGGUGAAUUUAAAAGGCUUGAAGAUGACAUGAGAAGCUACGUGUCUUCUAAUCAAGCUCGUAUUUCGCUGUUUGUUGAAAAGAAAAUUGGAAUUCUCCAACCUGAAGUUCUGGAAGUCGAGGAAUUACUAUUGACACCCGAAGAAUCAACGUCAGCUGUGUUGUAUCUUAUUAUCAUGUACUUGGUUAUGGCUUGCAUUGGUUGCUUCAUCUGGUUCUUCUUCAUCUCCAGACGACCAUUUAAAAAGAUUCAACCGCAAGACGAUAUGGAAAUUCUUCACGAUGACCUAGUUAACGUCCAGGACAUAUUUAAAGAGUUUAAAACGAGCUUCAAAGAAUUGGUUAAUUCGUACGACGCGAAACACUCAAGUGAAAGGGUUCAACUAAACGACUUGAAAAGAAAUUAUAGUAUACAUGUAAAAAGAGGGAACGUACCACAGUUAGUCGAAUAUAACGGGAGAAGAAGAAGACGUAGACUGUAUCAAAUCACAAGCCUUUAAAACUGAAUUUCAUGAUCAUGUAUAUAUUAUUACUUACUGGAAGCUAUUGAGUAGGGGAUUGUUUUGUCUGGCAGAUUUAAGAUUGUUUUUUGGCAUAAUUGUGUGAAUUUUUUUUUUAAAUAUUGUUGUUUCGCUGAAUACGGAAGUAAUACGGUCUUAGUUUGAAAAUAAAGUAGCUAUCUAAAAACAUAAUGUUUAACCAACAUGCUAAAGUUUUAAAUUGUGUACAAUUAAUUUUGUUUUUAUUGGUUGUUUUUUGGUCCAAUUUACUGACCUUUUUUCUAUGAUGUUAACGUGGCACAAAAGGUGGGCGUAUAAAAAGAAGUCGAUGCACAUGAAAAAAAAAAUUGCACGUUUUAAGUAACUGAAAAUUUUUUUUAUCUGAAUUACUGUAAAAAUUACUGUAAAAUAUUUAUAUAUCUUGCAAUGAUGAAUAAUAGUUAAAAUGAAA